UUUAAUUGUUACAGAAGAAUCUUGAUUGUUGACGUGUCAGAUUAUGAAUCAAUUAAUGAUUUGAUUUAAUGUGAAAUGAAGCAAAAGUCAAAUUUUAUUUAUUUUUAAAUUUAUUUCAAAGAAAACGACAAAAUGCUAAAGUUUCGUUCAAGAAAACUCCAGUAUUGCAAGAUAAUACUUGCCACAUCACUGUUCUGGUUCAUGAUCGACGUUUUCUUUCUUCUCAACUUCACCGAUUGUAAAUCAAACUGCGAGAAAAACAGCGAAGGCGGGAACUUCCUGUCCAAGAGGGUUUUACCUGCGCUAGAAAAUGCGUUACCGAAGUUUAGUCUAACAAGCGGUCCUGGGGAGAUGGGCAAAGCUGUGAUAAUACCUAAAGAUAAAGAAAAGGAAAAACAAGAGAAAUUCAAAAUCAACCAGUUUAACUUAAUGGCCUCGGAGAUGAUCGCGUUGAACAGGAGUUUACCCGAUGUUAGAAUGGAGGGUUGUAAAUCGAAGAAAUACCCGGAGAAACUCCCGACCACGUCCAUAGUUAUCGUGUUUCAUAACGAAGCAUGGUCAACCCUGCUACGUACAGUGCAUAGCAUUAUCAACAGAUCACCAAGUCAUUUGUUGGAGGAGAUUAUAUUGGUGGAUGAUGCUAGUGAAAGAGAUUUCCUUGGAGCUCCAUUAGAGCGUUACGUUCGCAAACUACGGACCCUCGUUCGUGUCGUUCGGAUGGAAAAGCGAACGGGUUUAAUACGAGCUCGGUUACGAGGGGCGUCGGUGUCAACGGGGCAGGUUAUAACUUUUCUCGAUGCUCACUGUGAGUGUACGGAGGGUUGGUUGGAACCUUUGCUGUCAGAGAUUGCCAAGGACAGAACAACAGUUGUUUGUCCAAUUAUUGAUGUCAUAAGCGACGAAACAUUUGAAUUCAUGGUUGGUUCGGACAUGACGUAUGGUGGAUUUAACUGGAAACUGAACUUCCGUUGGUACCCGGUCCCGCAACGAGAAAUGGAUCGCAGGAAAGGAGAUCGAACACUUCCUGUUAGGUCACCAACAAUGGCUGGAGGAUUGUUCUCGAUCGAUAAAAGUUACUUCGAAGAACUGGGGACAUACGACGCGGGGAUGGAUAUUUGGGGCGGGGAGAACCUCGAGAUAUCUUUCAGGAUAUGGCAGUGUGGGGGAACCCUCCUCAUCGUAACGUGCUCCCAUGUUGGCCAUGUAUUCAGGAAAGCGACCCCGUAUACCUUCCCUGGGGGGACGGGUCAAAUCAUCAAUAAGAACAAUCGUAGAUUAGCCGAGGUUUGGAUGGACAGCUUCAAAAACUUCUUCUAUAUUAUAACACCUGGGGUGUUGAAGCAGGAGUACGGCGAUAUAAGCGAACGUGUACGACUUCGUGAGAAGUUACAAUGCAAGUCGUUCAAAUGGUAUCUUGAAAAUAUUUAUCCCGACUCACAAAUCCCUGGUGAAUAUUAUUCACUUGGUGAGAUUCGCAACGAAGAAGGAGGUUUAUGUUUGGACACGAUGGGUCGGAAGGAAAACGACAAAGUUGGAAUAUUUAACUGUCAUGAAAUGGGGGGGAACCAGGUAUGGGCGUACACGGGCAACCAAGAGUUACGUUGCGAUGAUAUUUGCCUCGACGCAUCUAAAGUAGGAGGUCCGAUCAUGAUGGUGAAGUGUCAUCACAUGCGGGGGAAUCAACUGUGGGAAUACGAUGAGGAUACCCGUUUAUUAAAACACACGAACACCCACCAAUGCUUGGAUCGCCCCGUCGACCAAUCAUCACAACUACCUUUAUUAACUGAUUGUGAUGUCACAAAGCGCUCACAACGAUGGUUGUUGAAGAACAUGGACCUUCCCGUGUCGUCAUGACAACCACGUACUUGAUGUAAAAAUGCUUCGGUGGAAAAAGUGAAAAUAUUUUCGGAAUGUCAGGGGUGGUCGUGUGCAAUAAUUAAACAUGCAGUUAAAAUGAAGUUGUUUUAAAACUAUCGCGCACAAUCUAUUUUCAGACAUUUUUAAACCUCUGCGGUGUUCCGUUGCGAUUCUGUACUUUUCAACUAUGAACAAAAAAAAGCGAUAUUUUUUUUCAAAUAUUUUGAACUAAAAUUUCGUAAUUUUUUAAAAUUUUUUGCUCUUUGUAACAUUAGCGUUGAAUAUUAUACAAGAUUAGAAUUUAUUUCAUUCUGGAUUAAAGUGUAAUUUAUAUCUUAAUUAUUACAUGACAAUACAGUCAUUACGACAUAUAUAUAUUUAAGCAACUGCAGUUUUAGACAAAAUAUAAAUUUCAAAAUGCGGAAA